GCCCGGGGGCGGCGCGCGGCUGUGGAACCUGAGCCCCGGGAGGAGGGACGCGGCGACGGCGGGCGGGCACGGGGCGGCUGCCGGGUUUCAGGAAGCGCCGCGUUCUCGGGGCCACCAGCGCCGAGCCCUCCGGGAGGCUGAGCAGUACGGACAGGCAGCAUGGUGGAGCCCAGCGAAGGUCCCCGUACAGGGCCUGGGGAGGUGGCCGAGCCCCCUGGGGAUGAGAGUGGCACACCCGGUGGGGAGGCCUUCCCCCUCUCUUCGCUGGCCAACCUGUUUGAAGGGGAGGAUGGCUCCCCCUCUCCCUCGCUGGCUGAUCCUGGUCGCCCUACCGGCCCAGGCGAUGGGCGACCAAACCUGCGCAUGAAGUUCCAGGGUGCCUUCCGCAAGGGGGUGCCCAACCCCAUUGACCUGCUGGAGUCCACCCUGUAUGAGUCCUCAGUGGUGCCCGGGCCCAAGAAGGCGCCCAUGGACUCACUCUUUGACUAUGGCACCUAUCGUCACCACCCCAGUGACAACAAGCGGUGGAGGAGGAAGGUCAUAGAGAAGCAGCCGCAGAGCCCCAAAGCUCCUGCCCCCCAGCCGCCCCCCAUCCUCAAAGUCUUCAACCGGCCUAUCCUCUUUGACAUCGUGUCUCGGGGCUCCACCACUGACCUGGAUGGGCUGCUCCCCUUCUUGCUGACCCACAAGAAGCGUCUGACUGACGAAGAGUUCCGAGAGCCGUCCACAGGGAAGACCUGUCUGCCCAAGGCCCUGCUGAACCUGAGCAAUGGCCGCAACGACACGAUCCCGGUGCUUCUGGACAUUGCCGAGCGUACAGGCAACAUGCGAGAAUUCAUCAACUCACCCUUCCGGGACAUCUACUACCGAGGCCAGACCGCCCUGCACAUUGCCAUCGAGCGCCGCUGCAAACACUAUGUGGAGCUCCUGGUGGCCCAAGGUGCUGACGUCCACGCUCAGGCCCGGGGGCGCUUCUUCCAGCCCAAGGAUGAAGGAGGCUAUUUCUAUUUCGGAGAGCUGCCCCUAUCGCUGGCUGCCUGCACCAACCAGCCCCACAUCGUCAAUUACCUGACGGAGAACCCGCACAAGAAGGCGGACAUGCGGCGCCAGGACUCCCGUGGCAACACGGUGCUGCAUGCGCUGGUGGCCAUCGCUGACAACACCCGUGAGAACACCAAGUUUGUCACCAAGAUGUACGACCUGCUGCUGCUCAAGUGUGCCCGCCUCUUCCCUGACAGCAACCUGGAAGCCGUGCUCAACAACGACGGCCUCUCGCCCCUCAUGAUGGCUGCCAAGACGGGCAAGAUUGGGAUCUUUCAGCACAUCAUCCGUCGGGAGGUGACAGAUGAGGACACCAGGCAUCUGUCCCGCAAGUUCAAGGACUGGGCCUAUGGGCCUGUGUAUUCCUCGCUCUAUGACCUCUCCUCCCUGGACACGUGUGGGGAAGAGGCCUCCGUGCUGGAGAUCCUGGUGUACAACAGCAAGAUCGAGAACCGCCACGAGAUGCUGGCCGUGGAACCCAUCAAUGAACUGCUGCGGGACAAGUGGCGCAAGUUCGGGGCAGUUUCCUUCUACAUCAAUGUGGUCUCCUAUCUGUGUGCCAUGGUCAUCUUUACCCUCACCGCUUACUACCAGCCUCUGGAGGGCACGCCACCAUACCCUUACCACACCACGGUGGACUACCUGAGGCUGGCCGGUGAGAUCAUCACACUCUUCACUGGGGUCCUGUUCUUUUUCACCAACAUCAAAGACUUGUUCAUGAAGAAAUGCCCUGGAGUGAAUUCUCUCUUCAUUGAUGGCUCCUUCCAGUUACUCUACUUCAUCUACUCUGUGCUGGUGAUUGUCUCCGCGGGCCUCUACCUGGCGGGGAUUGAGGCCUACCUGGCCGUCAUGGUCUUUGCCUUGGUCCUGGGCUGGAUGAAUGCCCUGUACUUCACCCGUGGGCUGAAGCUGACAGGGACCUAUAGCAUCAUGAUCCAGAAGAUCCUCUUCAAAGAUCUUUUCCGUUUCCUGCUGGUCUACUUGCUCUUCAUGAUCGGCUACGCUUCAGCCCUGGUCUCCCUCCUGAACCCAUGUGCCAACAUGAAGGUGUGCAGUGAGGACCACACCAACUGCACAGUGCCCACGUACCCCUCGUGCCGCGACAGCGAGACCUUCAGCACCUUCCUCCUGGACCUCUUCAAGCUGACCAUCGGCAUGGGCGACCUGGAGAUGCUGAGCAGCACCAAGUACCCCGUGGUCUUCAUUAUCCUGCUCGUCACAUACAUCAUCCUCACGUUCGUGCUACUCCUCAACAUGCUCAUCGCCCUCAUGGGGGAGACGGUGGGCCAGGUCUCCAAGGAGAGCAAGCACAUCUGGAAGCUGCAGUGGGCCACCACCAUCCUGGACAUCGAGCGCUCCUUCCCUGUGUUCCUGAGGAAGGCCUUCCGCUCUGGCGAGAUGGUGACAGUGGGCAAGAGCUCGGACGGCACCCCAGACCGCAGGUGGUGCUUCAGGGUAGACGAGGUGAACUGGUCUCACUGGAACCAGAACUUGGGCAUCAUUAACGAGGACCCAGGCAAGAACGAGAGCUACCAGUAUUACGGCUUCUCACACACCGUGGGCCGCCUCCGGAGGGAUCGCUGGUCCUCAGUGGUGCCCCGCGUGGUGGAGCUGAACAAGAACUCGAACCCGGAUGAGGUGGUGGUGCCUCUGGAUAACAUGGGGAAACCCAGCUGCGACGGCCACCAGCAGAGUUAUCCCCCCAAGUGGAGGACUGACGAUGCCCCCCUGUAAGGGCUGCAGGCAGAGCAUGUCUCCUCCACUGCCCAUUUCUAGUCUGCCUGCAUUUCAGGGGUGUCCCCUGGGGGGUCCCCCCAGUGCCCUCUUUCAACCCCCAGAGGUGAGGGCCAGGCAGACAUGCCGGGGAGGCCCCAGGACCCUCUGGUCCCCAGGCCCUGGCCUCCAGCCCCAUCCCUACCCUGGGCACAGGGCUCCUGGCCACCUGUCUCACUCCCAUGGAGUCACGUAAGCAACCCCAGGGCCUCUCUGCCUGCAGGGGCUCAGACCCCUGCCUCUCCAUUUAUUUAUUUGCUCUGCUCUCAGGAAAGCGUCACGACCCCUUCCCCAAGCUGGAGCCUGGCAGGGGCCUCUGGACCCAGUCCCGGGUGCACUGCCGACUAAGCCCCUGGCCCCACCCUGCACCCUGGGCUGCACAGGCCAUCCCGUGCUGAAGUGUGGUGGCUUUGCCGAAGGGUCGUGCCCUUGAGGUGGGCCGUGCCUUCUGUGUGUUCUGUAGAAUUGUUGGUGCUCAAUAAAUGUUCACAGAUGGUAGAGAUGGGGAUGAGGGUGGGGAUGAGGGUGGGGAUGAUGGUGGGAAGAGUGGUAACGGGCAUGGGAGAGCUAAGAAAUUCCUGCGUGUGUGUUCAGAGGUGGGAGGAUGGGGACAGGGAGGAGAGCAGGGGCAGUAGUAAUGACCAAGGUGGUGUUGAGGGGGAUGGUUGGGGGGCUGGACUUGGGGUGGGUGGGGCUGUGAACGUGGGCUGGAGCUGAAGACUGAGCUGCUUCCCUUACGAGGGCAGCUGUUCUCCCCACAGUCACUCUCCACUGCCUGUCACGCCCAGGGGAGCUCCAAGCCUCUGUGCAUGAGAAGGAAGCCCCGAAACACCCCAUCCUGCUACUCCACCCUGGAGCAGAGGAACCUGCUGCCAGCUCCUUGGUUCUGGCUCAGACUGGGUCUUAUCUCCCCUCUGAAGCUUCAGUUGAGAAGAGCUUGGGUCCCAGAGGAUCAGACCAAGGACAGCUGUAGUGGGAGAAACACAGAGCAUGAAGUCUGUGGAUCUGGGUUGGUACUCUACCCAAGCUCUGCCACUGGGUCACUUUACUUCUUUGGGUCUCCAUGUCCCCGUCUGUCAGAAGUACAUCAACUACUUGAAGGAUAGGAAUCUAUUUAGCUCUCUGAGAAUGAAGGGGAGACUAAUUGUGUUACCACUAAGGAUGGUUGGGGGGCACCAACCUUCUCACAGACCCAUUCUUUCCAUCCCCCUCUACCUGAAAGUGCCUUCCAGGGACUGAUGGCCUCUCCUCUCGGUCCAGGGAUGACCCAGCUUUUCCCAGGGCUCCAUGCUUCCUCAUUCCAACUCAACACACGCAGAGGGUCCUCAUCCAGCAUUCUCAGUGGGAGUCCCAAGAGCCUUUCUGAUUGGAUGGACCUGAGUCACAUAUCAUGUCUGAGCCAAUCCCAUGGCUGGGGGAUGGGAUGCCCUCUCUGGCUGAGCCAAGCUUUCUGGGUAAUGGUGGCUAGGUCCUAAAUGCUGAGCCUCAGUGUGCUCAUCUGUAGAAUGGGGCACAGCAUUUGUCAAGUGAUUCCCUGGGCUUCUCAAAGAAGAGAUGGUUGUGGUUGUGGUGUUCCUAUAGUUAUAUGUUUAGGACAGCAAGUCACAGAAAACUCAGGCUGACUUGAAGAAAAGAAUGUUUAUUGUCUCAGCAGGAAGUCCCAAGUUAGGGAGGGCAGUACGGUUGGUUAAUUCAGCCUCUGUGAUUCAUUAAGGGUUCUGCCAGCUCAUAUAGACCUUCAAGCAUUUAUCAGGAACUGUGCUAGGCACCACCCACGGGUGUGCUGGCUUUUUCCUUACACGGAUCAAGGACACAAGAUGGUGCCACUGUUUCAAGUAUUACAUCCAGAUUCAGCAGCACCCAGAGGAAGGAGAGAUGGUUCUUUCUGUGUAUCUUUUUAUGAGGGAGAAAAACUUCCUGAUAUCCCCCAGCCAACCUCCCCUCUUGUAUUAUUGGCCAGAAUUGUGUCACGUGGCCAUUGCUUCAGCCAACCAGCAGGCUGGAAGCAGCAGUUGUGCUAAAGUAGCAGAGGACAACAGGGAGAAAGGUAGUUUCCCCAAUUUGGUCUGGGUUCUUUGGGAAAGGGGGCGGGGGGAACCAAUAUUGCCUAGCCAGCCAGUAAUAUGGGCUACAGGCUUUUUUUCCUGGAUGCCCACUAUCCACCUUGUCUUUCCAGUGGGGGGGUGUGCAACAAUGUCACAGAAAAUGGCAUUGUGGGGCUAUAAAGAGGUCAUUUCUCUAGGGGGAUUUGUGAUGGGUGGGCCCACAAAAUAAAAACUUUCUCAACUCAAA